CUUAGGCCUUAACCUUAAAUUAGCUCCUCAUGCCAUCUUCUUCUUUCUCUCUCUUCCAUGGCAAAAGUCCAAAACAAAACCCAACAUGAUCGAUCCAAACGCAAAACUUCUUCUUCUUCUUCUUCCUCUUUUCUCUGCUGCUUCGGAUUUUCCGGGAAAAAUUUUCCCGAGAAACAGUCGGAAAAAGACACGAUCAUGAUCAGCCCAUCAGAUCAUCAUCAUGAUGGUUAUGAUCAGAAGAAGGCCGUGACGUCGGUCCGGUUCUCUUGUUGGCCAAGGCUCCGCGUGAAGAGUCCUUCGGGAGUCAAAACCGUACCGGUACUGGACGCCACCGUACCGGAGAAACCGCCGAAGGACGGAAAAAUUAAUUCGUCGCCGAAGCCCAAGUCAAAGUCAAAGUCGAAGCCCGAGAAAGUACCCUCCAAACGACAAGCUCCAACCACCAAUAGUCAGUUGCCGAAUGAGAUCGAGAUCGUGGUACCGGUCGUUUCUGAUCCCGGCCCAAAACAAAAACCUCCCGAGAAAAACUAUCAGAUAAAGUACGGUUCUGCCAAAAACAGCAACCUCGACAAUCGGAAAAGAAACUCUAGUCCUUCACAUCCUUCCAAAGACGACACGUGUUAUAUCCAGAAGCGGCUAUCAUUCAGCCGGAAAAUUGAGCCCACAAGAGCCGGUUCGAGCCAGCCGAGCUCGCCGGUUCAGGCCAAGCCGAAGCCGGGACGAACAAUUCGGCACUCUAAUUCGUUCGCGGCCGGUCCGAACCGGGACAAGUCGCAAGUGGCACAGACCAAGCCGGGCCCAACCGAGUCGAACUUCGCGAGGCGGUUCGAACCGGUGGUGGGCAUGUCGAUUGUGUUGGUGACUUUGGUAAUAAUGAUUGUGUGGGGUCGGCUUUGCGCCAUUCUCUGCACGUCUGCAUGGUUGUACUUUGUUCCGCGGCUGAGCUCCGCCGUUGAUGUCGGCGGAGUUCUUGGGAGGCCGAGAGGUUUGGAUUUGGGCUCGGAAGAGAACAAGAAGAAGGUGGUUCUUGAUGGCUUUCUUGAGAGGAAUAAUAAUCACAGGUGUACAUAAUUGUGAAGUUUUGUAUUUUUUUUUUCUUUUUUUGUUUAAACAAUGCUAGGUGUCCGAUACCGCUUCGAUAGAAAUUGGAUCUCGUAAUAUGAGAUUUAUAGAUAGUCCUACUUCCAAUCUGUUGCAGUCGUUUUGGUGUUGGAAACUGAAAGGGACUGUGCAUGUUAGUGGUUUCGGUUUUUUUUUUAUUUUUUUAUUUUUUUUUUGCUAAAGUUAGCCAGAUGAUGGCUUUUUGUGUAAAUUUGUUGUAAAAACAUUACUGUGUCCACUCUUGUGAAAUUGGAAAAAGAUUAAAAAAAAUAAGGGUU